CUUCAAACCAAAUCAAAUCAAGUCCUCUCUAUUACAAUUCAUCACAACUUCUCUUCAUCUCAACCUUCACUAAUUUUCUCCGCAUCACAUCACACUCACAUAUAAUCUUGUGUUCAACUCAUUGAUCAUCAGUAGUGCUCAAGAUUUUCAGACAUGGCCAAUGACCAACAGCCGUUGAACGGCGCCUACUACGGCCCCGCCAUUCCGCCGUCAGGGCAACCACGCCACAGCCACCAUCGUGGCAGAAGCUGCUUCUGCUGCCUCUUCGGCGUCUUCUGGAAGAUUCUCAUAACACUCAUCGUCCUGGUUGGCCUCGUAAUUCUCAUCUUCUAUCUCAUAGUUCAACCCCGCCCCUUCAAAUUCUAUGUCAAUGAAGCCAAAUUAACCGAAUUCAACUACACCAACAACUCCCUCCGCUACAACAUGGUGCUCAACUUCACCGCCCGCAACCCCAACAAGAAACUCAAUAUUUACUACGACAAGGUGGAAGCUUUAGCAUUCUACGAGGAUUCCAGGUUCGCCAGUGAUGAUAAAGUCAUCACCCACAUGAACUCAUUCCGUCAAUACAAGAAGAGCAGCAGCCCCAUGAGCGCCACUUUCUCAGGCCAGCAUGUGAUGGUGCUCGACAGUGAUCAGCUUUCAGAGUUAAGCAAAGAUAAGAGUGCUCAUGUUUAUGACAUUUAUGUGAAGCUUCACUUCAGGAUCAGGUUCAGGCUCGGGGAUUUCAUAUUCAAUAACGACCUCAAGCCCAAGGUCAAAUGUGAUCUCAAGGUUCCCUUGGAUUCUAAUGCUACCUUCACUUUCUUUGCGGUUACCAAGUGCGAUGUUGAUUUCUGGAACUGAGUAUUGGACUUUUCUUCAUUUUGUUUUGUUUUUCUUUGUUUAAUUCGUACUUCUAAUAAUACUUGAAUGUGAUUCUUUUAUUUUAUUCUUCAUUCUUUGAUUGUAUGAUGUGUGUAGAGCAAUAAAACUUCAGAUUUUGUAUUCUA